CUUUCUUCUCUUACUUCCUGUGUCUCCAUCACAAGGCUUCUUCAAUGUCCUCGAAGAAGAGAAAGUAUCGUGAAAAGAGAAAGACCUUUCAGUCUGCCUGUGGAGAUGCGUCUCGGGACGGCGAGGCUUUAGAUCCUAACCUAUACAUUCUUGCAUUCGAAGCCGACGUCGUCAGAGGAGCAAGGGCGCGCCAUGCAGCACAAUCAUUAGAACAACCGAGUCGGGAAGGAACUCAAUCUGCCCUCAUACAAUGGACUAGCUUGGAUUCGCUUUCCAGGCCGACUGCGCAUGUCGACGAUGAUUUCGCCGCUGGCCACGCGCCUGAACGAGGCAGGCCAUUGAUUUGGGCCGACAGGUAUGUCCUCUCUGCCUGAAAAGGCACGCUUUUGCCCACGUCUAUGAAUCUGUAACAUAUGAGUGUCCCGAUACGACGCGCUGUUCUUACUUGAUACACUGCCUAAGAAAGGCGUUUCUGCUGAAGAAAUACCGCGUUCACUCUCGCCCUCCGGGUGGUCCGAUCUCCCUUCUGACACGGAGGACACCUUUUUCUUCUCACCCGAAGAGAAAGCCGACUAUCAACGAGAAAAACAGCAAGUUCUCAUCAACCGGGCCCGGGACGAACGAGUGAGAGCGCGUGAACGAGAGGAUGAGGAAUCAGCCCGGGCGUCCUUGGAGGAAGAUCCAUGGGGUGGUGACGAUGAGGAGCCGGACGAAAACCAAAUAGUUCUGAUGGAGCGCACUGCCGGCAGUCUAGCUUCCUCGGACAACGUGGCUCAAUUGGAGAUGCGCAUUCUUGCAAAUCACGGUACAGACGGUCGGUUUGCUUUUUUACGUGGUCGAUGGAAGAAUGCGUGGUCCUUGAUCAAGCUCAAGGCAAGAAUGCGAUGUGACGAUGGGGCGAGGAAAGGCAUGGACUCGGAGACCGCGGGACUGGGGGCUCUCGCAAAUUACGGUGACAGUGACGAAUCGGAUACGGAAUCAGGCUCAGAGGAUCCAGCGGUGGCCCGCAAGGGGAGGGCGAAGGCUUGGGCAGAGUCACGAUAUGCCAGUCAUUUGGAGUCCAUUUCUUGACGGCCCAGGUGUUUUGUCACGAUUAUCAUUUAUUUAACAUGCCUCAUUACCAUUGCCGCCAUUUGGCUUGGGGAAAUGCUGCACACGCAAGUUUAUCGCCCAUUUGCCAGUCCUUGCGGCCCCAAAAAGGCCUUGACCCCAAAGUCCCCGCGCUCGACGAUGUCAUCCCCAACGGCCUGAUAUAUGGAAAACCGUGACCUCGAAAGUCCGAGCUGGUCGUAUAUGAGCCAUACGCGUAUGAACGAUCGUUAGCAUGGUUUGAAGGAGCUCAUGGCAGGCACUGCUGAAUAGCGGGGUAUGAUUAGGAUUGCCUGUGACCUCGCCGAUAUUGAGUAUGGUGCCCAAUCCCAUCGAGCGCGAUACCGUUUCUCACAUGUGAUGUAUACAGGUGCGGAUCGAGCGGUGGCUUGGGUAAAACUCGAGGGAGAUACUGGGUGCUGUCCAAGACUGUCAAGGGUCGGCGACCAAGGUCCGAGUCUGAGAGUUUAGCUGUCCUAGGCAGCCAGAUUCCGAUAGUCUGGAGUAGGAGAGAUCUCUAUAUGGCUGAGCUUCGCCAUCGCAGGAAGCCAUCGCAGGUUCGCGCUUUCACGCAAUAGGAGCAGAGUAUGUAUCUUUGAGUGGGUGUUUCAGGUUGCGUCUCACGAUUGAUGGCACGUGACGAGAUAGUCGCUCGUGACUUGUCAGUGUCUCUUCUGAGCCAGCCGCUGAACGGAGGAGGAUAGAUAAGGACUCGGAGAAAGGCCCGGAUUUGAGCUUCACGCCACACGGAGUUCAUCAAAAUGUAGCUCCGGUCUUGGUCCGCUGGUUGUACCUAACCAAAAACGCGCACCAUGCGUUUUAGGACGCGUCAGCCUAGAUGACACGUGCUCGCUGACGCGUCUGCCAGGUUCGCUGUCUACACGCUACUAGACGCUGCUUCAAUGAGGCUGUCUGGCAUUGUGCGCACGACCUGCCAUAUCCUAUGGGGUAGUACCCGGAAGACAACGAUAAGGAGAGAUUCUAGGGUCGCUUCCUCCGAGCUCUCCCACGCAUUGACUCGGAAUGUCUGGGACGUCCGCCGCUCAGCAUUGCGACAACAAUGACAAACACGGAGACCGGUUUCCUUAUCUAGCAGCUCUCGCUCUGACUCUCCUCUCCCCACUACCCGUCCCCACACUCUACUCUCACCACCACACUUGUUAGGCCACCUUGUGCGCUUGACUAUCACCUCUCAGUCAUCCUAAGAUGCGUUGUUUGCUCAUCGCGUCGCUGCUUGCCGCUGGUGUCGCCGCUCAUCGCGUGAGCGACGCCUCUGGCCGGCAACGCAAGUCUCUCGGGUUCGGACCAGUCCACAAGCAUGCCGUAUAUCGUUCCACUCCUUAUCAAAUUAUCACCAACGGCUUUGCGGCCAUGUCUCACGACACCGACCCUUAUGUCGUCGCUCGGGCAUUCGUCCAGGACCUCCUCGGGGACAAGCUGUCGGAGUCUAGCACGUACCGGAUUCGCAAGGACUCAUAUACGGACUCGAAUACCGGUAUCACCCACGUGUACGUGCGACAGGUGGUGAACGGGUUGGAGGUGUCCGACGGUGACAUGAAUCUCAACAUCAAGGACGGUGUUGUGUUGUCGUAUGGCAACUCGUUCUUCCCUGGUCCCGUUCCCUCCUACUCGGGCCAGAACGCUCUCAAUGAGGACCUCCGUCACCCGCAUGAGGAGUUUUGCGAGAGUAUCACCAACUCUCUCGAGACCCAUUACAGGGCCUCUGUGCAAUCCCGUGAUGGCCAGGUUGUUUUCGGUGACUUGCCGUCAGGACAGGUCGACCGUCAUGCAAUGAAGCACCUGACUCAUCUGCAUCACUCGAACUGCCGUUUCCAAGGUCUUCCGCUCGAGAUGGCUGCCAAGUCCCUCGGAGAAUUAGAUCUUCGCUCGGCCCUGCUCCAGUUCAUGGUUGCCGCUACCCCGAACGAUGAGGUCGUUAACGAUAUUCUCGGCAACUUUGAUGAUCAUGUCAGCAAGAUGGUCGAGUACACCGAUAUCAACCAUUUCGCUCCUUCGGAGGAAUCCGAGUAUGUUAUGGUUACCAACGUUCCUGACACCGUGAACCCCGUUAAGGCCAAAUUGGCCUACGUUCAAGUUCCCGGCAAGGACGAUUCCGUCAAGCUCAGUCUUGUCUGGAAGUUCGAGGUUGAGAUGCAAGACAACUGGUACGAGGCGGCUGUCUCCGCUUCGGCCCCUCACCGCAUUGUGUCUGUUGUCGACUGGGCUUCGGACGCACCCGUCCCGAUUCCUACGCCUGAGGCUGAGGCAACCUACAACGUCUUCGCGUGGGGUAUCAAUGACCCGGCUGAGGGCAAGCGGACCAUCGAGAAGGAGAACUUCGACUCUCUGGCGUCGCCUGUAGGAUGGCACAGCCUUCCGUUUGCGAACGACCCCUCGCUCGCUGGUAUCAAGAAGACUUCUAAGGAAUUUUAUCGCAAUACCACUAACACCUGGGGGAACAACGUAUUCGCUCAAGAGAAUUGGGAGGGUCAGAAUGCUUAUGUCAACAACUUCCGCCCCGAUGCUGGCGUUGGCAAAUCAUUCGACUACAAGUAUAAUCCGCAAGAGACUCCCUCGAGCGACGCCCUGGAAGAAGCGCAGAAGUACAUCAAUGCGACUGUCGCCCAGCUGUUCUACACCAACAACAUGAUUCAUGACUUGUACUACCGAUACGGCUUUGAUGAGGUCUCUGGCAAUUUCCAGCAGUACAACUUCGGUCGUGGCGGUCAGGGCAACGAUGCUGUCAUCGCCAAUGCUCAGGAUGGAUCUGGAUUCAACAACGCCAACUUCAUGACUCCUCCCGACGGUCAGAACGGUCGCAUGCGUAUGUACGUUUGGAACACCGCCAUUCCUUACCGUGAUGGCGACUUCGAGGCCGGCAUUGUCAUCCACGAAUACAGCCAUGGUCUCAGCACUCGUUUGACCGGUGGGCCCAUGAACUCUGGCUGCUUGCCAUUCGGCGAGAGCGGUGGCAUGGGUGAAGGCUGGGGCGACUUCUUAGCCACUACCAUCCGCAGCACGUCCAACUACUCCGACUAUGCGAUGGGCUCUUGGGCUGCCAACCGUGUUUCCGGGAUCCGCAACUACCCGUACUCUCUGAACGACACCAUUAAUCCAUCGACGUACAAGACCCUCGACAAGCCUGGCUACUUUGGUGUUCAUGCCAUCGGUGAAGUUUGGGCCCAGAUGCUGUGGGUAGUGUCGCAAGGCCUCAUCGAGAAACACGGCUUCUCCGACACGCUCUAUCCUCCCAAGGCUCUCGAGAACGGCACCAUUCCGGAAGGCGACUUCUACCGUCCCCGUUCUGGCAAGAAGCCUUUGGUCCCCAAGCACGGCAACACGCUCAUCGUCCAGCUUGUCCUCGACGCCAUGAAGUUGCAGCCUUGCCGUCCGGGCUUCUUCGCUGCCCGCGAUGCCAUCCUGCUCGCUGACCAGAUGCUGACUGGCGGAGAGAACUUCUGCACGCUCUGGAAGGGAUUCUCCUCUCGCGGACUCGGACCUGAUGCCGAGGUGAUCCUCCGUACUCCUUGGGGUCUCGGCAUCCGGACCGAUGACUUUGAGGUCCCGCUUGCUUGUGUUAAUGCUUAGAUUCUAUCGUAAUAUCACGCAUGCAUACAUACAGUCACGACCCUUCCUUGUAUCUGUACUACAAUUCAUCUCUGUCAACAUUGAUCUAGUACAGAUAGAUGGAAAUUGCUGGUUUGAUGUGGAAGAAUCAAGAGUAGCAGCCUGGUCAGUG